UAACAAAUUAACCCGUUUAUUUUUAUAAAUAUUAUUAAAAAAUUACUUGUUAUUUUUUUUGUUGAUAAUUUUGAUAAAAAAAUGUGUAGUUUAAAUGGUGGUGAUUUGUUGCUGAUAAAAAAUGACGAUACAAUAAAAUUAGACGAUUGUUUUUGUUUAAAAUGUAAAACAGAAAAAGCAUCAGUUAAAUUACGUGGUUCAGAUGUUUAUUGUAAUUCCUGUUUUCUAACAAGUGUAACACAUAAAUUUCGUGCAACACUUGGUAAAUCAAAAAUAGUCAGAAGAUCUGAUAAAGUGCUUGUUGCAUACUCUGGUGAAUCUGGCUCAGUUGCAUUAUUGAAUUUAAUUCGAGCUGGAAUGCAUGAAUCUGUUCAUAAACGUCUUGUAUUUGAAACUCAUGUUGUUCAUAUUGAUGACGGUUGUUUAUUAAACAAAACAAUUGAACAAAGACAAGCUAGAAUCAAUGAAAUAAUAACACAAACAAAUUCACUUGAUUUUAAAUUAUUUGUCACGUCAAUUGGUGAGAUAUUUAAUGAAAAAAAUCCAGAUCUACGUGAAAUUAAUAAUUACACUUGUUCAAUCAAUGACAAUGAUGAAAAAUUAUUAAAUAUUUAUAAUAAUCUAACAGAUGAAACAUCAAAAAAAGAUUUUCUCCAUAAAAUUAGAGAAAAGCUAAUAGUAACAGUUGCUAAAUGUUUUGAUUGUUGUAAAAUAUUCUUUGAUGAAGACUCAACAUCACUUGCUGUGACAAUAUUGAGUAAUGUUUCAUUGGGAAGAGGUGCACAAUUAUCAUCAGAUGUUGGUUUUAUUGAUGAUCGUCAUACUGGAGUUAUGAUACUUCGACCAAUGCGUGAUUUUACACGUCAAGAAUUAAAUUAUUACAUGGAUAUUCAUAAAUUAAAUAGUUUUACAAUGAAAAAAUCAUCAAACAAUUCAUACUCAUCAAUUCAAGGAGUAACUGAAAGUUUUGUUAUUGAUCUUGAUGAACAAUUUGGUGGUACUGUUGCUGCAAUAUUUCGUACUGGUGAAAAAUUAUCAUCAAAAUCUAAAAAUAAUGAUGAUGUUGCUAUUGAUAAAUGUGUCAUGUGUGAGGGUUACAUUGAUACAGCACAUUUUGAUAAAACAACAUCAGCAAUUGAAGCAACAAAUUUUUCGAAAAUUGUGUCAUUAAAAGGUUCCUUGGCUGAGCAUGAUCUAGCCAUGAUUGAUGGCAAUUUAAAUGAUGAUAAAACAAUUAUUGAAAAUGGAAAUAAAAAAUGUGGUGAUUGUUCUGGUAGUUGUGGUGAUAAAAAUAAUAGUGACAAUGAUUUAUCAGUUGAUGAAAUUAAUAAACAUCUUUGUUAUGCUUGUCGGAGAAUAUUUAGUGAUAAAAAAAUUAUAAAUAAUUAUUUAACAAGUAUUGUUAAUGCAAUACGUGAAAAAAAAGCAUUUGAAAAUAUGAGAAAUGAAAUUUCUGAUUUUUUAUUGUAA